AUGUUUCUAAAUCGCUUGAGCCGCCUGCUGAAGCCGGCGCUUGUGUGCGGAGCUUUGGCUACCCCUGGCUUGAUCGGAACCAUGUGCGCGUCCCGGGACGACUGGCGCUGUGCGCGCUCCAUGCACGAGUUCUCCGCCAAGGACAUUGACGGGCACAUGGUCUGCCUGGAUAAAUACAAGGACUUCGUGUGCAUUGUCACCAAUGUGGCCUCGCAAUGAGGCAAAACCGAAGUAAACUACACUCAGCUUGUCGAUCUGCACGCGCGGUACGCUGAGUGUGGUCUGCGCAUCCUGGCCUUCCCCUGCAACCAGUUCGGGAAGCAGGAGCCAGGGACCAAUGAGGAGAUCAAGGAGUUCGCUGAAAGCUACAACGUCAAGUUUGAUAUGUUCAGCAAGGUCUGCGUGAAUGGAGAUGACGCCCACCCGCUGUGGAAGUGGAUGAAAGUUCAGCCCAAGGGGAAGGGGAUGCUGGGGAACGCCAUCAAAUGGAACUUCACCAAGUUUCUCAUCGACAAGAAUGGCUGUGUGGUGAAACGCUAUGGCCCCAUGGAGGAGCCCCUGGUGAUCGAGAAGGACUUGCCCUGCUACCUGUAG